GUUUUAAAUUCACUUUCUUGAUUAUUCUGUUUAAUUUAUUAUACUUCACACACUCAUUUACAGUCAAAGGUGCACAUUACAGAAAAGAAAGAUCACUUGGCUCAGACAGCUAUGAGGGUUUUGGAGGGUUUGGAGCUCAACGUAUAAUACAGCCUUUAUACAGAAGAAUUCCAUAUCCAGUUCCAUAUCCAGUUAUAAGACGAAGACUCAUCGCUCCAAUGCCACCAGUUGUUCUUCCUCCUCUUGUUCCUCCACCUCGUCCCGUACCACCUGCUCCACCCCCUCCUGUUUUUAUACGGCCUUUACCUGUCCCACAACCUCCUCGUCUCCCACCAAUUGUUAUCCCCCCUCCACCCAUUCCACCACCACAACCACCAGCUUUGCCUCCUAUUAUCAUAAUAACUGAUUCUGGAGCAGCACCAGCAGGUUCUGUAUCAGGUUCUGUACCAGGUUCUGCACCCAGUCUAGCACCAAGUCCUGCACCAGGUCCUCCACCUACUAUUCCAAUACCCUUUCCUUAUCCAGUGCCAGGGCCUGCUCCAGUUCCACCUCCUUCUCCAGCUCCUAGUCCUAUUCCAGGGCCGGCCCCAGCACCCCCACCUAUAAUUAUAAUUCCUCCACCUGCUGAUCCUGGCCCUCCUGAUUCUGGAACUUUAAUCAUCGUUCCACCUCCUGUGGUUGGCUUGUCUGGGUCAGGUGCUAAUGGUGCUGGUGGAAUGGCUGCCUUUUAUGGUUUUGGGGGUGGAGGUGCUGGUGGUGGUGGAGGGGGAAGAGGUAAUGGAGGAGGUGGUGCAGCUGGAGGUGGUGCAGGUGGAAGUGGAGGAAAUGGAGGGGGGUGGGGAGGAGGAGGUGGUGGAGCUGGAGGUGGUAGAGGAGGUGGGGGUGGAGGUAAUGGGGGAGGGUGGGGUGGAGGAGGUGGUGGACCUGGAGGUGGUAGAGGAGGUGGGGGUGGAGGUAAUGGGGGAGGUGGGGGUGGAGGUAAUGGGGGAGGGUGGACCUGGAAGUGGUAG